GUCACUUGGACCUUGUGAGAUUUGAUUCUCGUGCUCACAGCCUCUCUCGUUUUAUUACCUGCAUUCGGUACCCUCCAACAAUGUUGCGAUUCGUCGCAAUUUUGCAAUUCAUACUACUUUUGUUAUUAAUAUUUUCAUGUAAUGCAGAUGAAGCUAAAUGCACAAUUAAACCAUAUGAAGCAAAAGGAGAUAAAAGUCCAGGAAGUAAUGGAUAUGUUAUUGAAAUAAAUGGGACAACAACUAAAUCGAUGGAUAUUUCAAAAGGUUUUGUUCCAGGAGAAAUAUAUAAAGUAUCAAUUCGUGGAUGGAGGACUCAGUAUACAGUGAAAACAUUCCGUGGAUUUGUAGUUUCAUCACUUUUUGAAGACAAUACUUCUGCAGGAUCUUGGCAGGUUGUGAAGGGACAUGGCGAUGCAAGAAUCUCUCCAGGAUGUCGCCAAUCUGGAGUUUCUCAUGCAAAUCUUAAAUCGAAAACCUCCGUCCACAUGAUGUGGAAAGCUCCAGAAGUAUCAUCUGGAUGUGUGGUGUUCCGUGCGUCAGUAAUUGAAACCAAAUAUAUUUGGUUUACCGAAGCCGAGGGACUUACAGUUAAACUUUGUAUUCAAAAAGGAACUCAAAUUUUAAAGCCAGUUGAUGAUCCAUCUGCUACAUGUUGUGCAUGCGAUAUUGCUCAAUAUGAUCUGGAAUUCACUGGUAUUUGGAGUAAAAAUACUCAUCCAAAAGACUAUCCAACAUUGGAACAUCUCACACAUUUUACGGAUAUGCUUGGUUCAUCACAUUCCUCAAAUUAUUCUCUUUGGACAAUUGGUGGAAUAUCAACUGAUGGAAUGAAGGAAAUUGCUGAAUGGGGAAACACGUACAAGGCAGAGGCCGAGGCAAAAGCAAAAGCUUCCGAAGUCAGAAGUCUUAUGAAAGUUAAGGGAUUAUGGUUUCCAGAUGUCCAAGGAACAACUAAAUCCCAAUUUGUAGUCAAUAAAUACCAUCACUUUGUCUCCUUAGCAACAAUGUUUGGUCCAUCCCCUGAUUGGUGUGUUGGGCUUUCUUCAGUUAAUCUUUGUCUUCCUGAUUGUACUUGGGCAGAGGAAAGAACUUUUGAACUUCAACCAUUUGAUGCUGGGACAGAUUCAGGACCAACAUAUAUGAGCCCAAAUGAACCAACUGAACCACGUGAACCAAUUCACUGGAUAACUACAAAAUUGAAUCCACUUAGUCCGUUCUAUAACUCCAAAUCAGAUACAAUCCCAACUCUUGCUAAAGUUAUUUUAAGAAGAAAAAAUGUAACUUCAUCGGAAUGCAAAUCUGAUGAUAUUCUUAAAGCAGAAGCACAUAAUAUAACAAAUACAAGUGAAGAUGAAGAAUAUAAAGAUAGGCGAGAGUGUAUGAUGACACAAUGGGAGCCAUGGAGCCUGUGCUCAGCCACGUGUGGGAAAGGAAUUAGAAUUCGUAGUCGAGUUUAUGUAUUUCCAAUUAAAGCUCAAGUAUUUCAUUGUCAUCGACAGACAACUGAGAAACAAUUUUGUAAUGCAAAAAUCAAUGAAUGUGAAAAUUCAGAAGCAUUCAGCUCAAAAUGUCAAGUGAGUUCAUGGGGCUCUUGGGGCGAAUGCAGUGUUCAAUGUGGUCACGGAAUGAGAAGCAGAAAUCGAACAUUCUUAAAUCCAGCUACAAAAUCAGGAGACUGUAGUGUUGACUUGGAGAGAAAGGAUAUUUGUGUUGGAGAGAACGGGGAUGAUUGCAAUGUGACGCCUGAUCCAUUGUGUAAGACAACUGCAUGGUCCGAUUGGUCACCAUGUUCAGCUUCAUGUGAUGAAGGAGUUCGUGUCAGGACUCGACUCUUCUUCUACUCAGAACAUGAAAAAAGAUGUAUGCAUGUCAAUUUACAAGAGAAGGAUACAUGUGUCAUGCAAUCUUGUCGAAGAUUUAUUGAAAUUAAUUCUGAAGAAAUCUGUCAAGAAGACAAACAAGCUGGUCAGUGCGCAGGAAAUUUCCCUCGUUACUGGUACAAUCACGAAAAAACUCAAUGCGAACGAUUCAUUUUCACUGGAUGCAAAGGAAAUCGAAAUCAGUUUGAAACCGAAGAAGAAUGCAAACAAAUAUGUCUUCCGGGAUAUGAAAAAUCAAAAUCAUUGAUUCCAAAUAACCAACUUCUUGAAGAUUUUGGAAAUACAGAAGUGGAUGAUGGUGGUGAAAGAGUUGAUUGUGAAGUUUCAAAGUGGACAGCAUGGGGAUCUUGCUCUGUGAGCUGUGGUAGAGGAAAGAAAUCGAGAUCAAGACACGUUGUGAAGUUAGCAAGAAAUGGUGGACAUCAAUGUUCUGAACAUUUAAUGCAGGAAUUGCAAUGCAGAUUGAGGCCUUGCCCUGUAAAAUUGACUUGUCAAGUUGGUCCUUGGUCCCGUUGGUCUCCCUGCUCUGUUUCAUGUGGUGAAGGAUCACAGACCAGAAGAAGACGUGUUGUACGUGCUAGAAAUGAUGACUGGGAGGAAAUCGAGUGUGAUGAUGCGGAGACCGAAGUCCGACAGUGUACGGGUCGUCAUCAAUGUUGAUAAACUCUAAUUUUAACAAUGAAAUUUUAUGAAAGUGAAUAUUUGAUUCAGAUUAAUUUGACAACGAAGGAAUUUGAUUGUUGUGAUUACGUAAAUGGGUAUCAGGGGCGAGAUUAUUUGUUAAACAGAGAUCGAAAAUAAUAAAUGCUUAGGUGAAAA